AUGCAUGAUGAUCAAGAUGACCAGCUUAGGAAGAGCUUGGUUGAGACUCCGGCUACGAACUCGGCUACCUCCACGCCUGGUCCCGAGCGUUAUUCAGUAGACGAUGGCUCCUCCAACCGGCAAGGCGCCGGGAGCGACGACAAGCCCAAACCACCCAAACCAUCUGUCCCCCUGCAACGUUCCGUAUACAUUGUGUUCUUGACUCUGCUGUACGGAGCCGCAGCACUGUACGCUUGGGUCAUCAUCUGCAUCCUCACUUAUCACCCCAUCGGUGCAAAUGGCUAUGGACACGGCGAACUCAACCGCAUUCUCAGUGGCCCUCAUCUUGGUACCACCACUGUGCCCGAGUACCUUGACGCAUUAUUCGCCAAGAGCGAGAGGUAUCUUAGGGCGGCGAGAAUUAUCCAGUCCUUGGUGUCCGUGCUCACCAUCCCCUUGACUUCCGCCGUGUGCUCGCAGGCAGCCGUGGUGUAUAUCCAGCAGAAGCGAGGGGACAAGCGCCCGACCCUCAGGCAAAGCAUGGCCCUGGCGGACAAGGGAUGGACUGACCUUGUGCUCUUGAAAAAUCUCGUCUUUGGGGGUUGGAAUAAGUACAGGUCCUCGCUACUACUCUUUGCCCUGUUUCUGCAUCUCCUAGGCGCUGCCAUAUCUCCGGUACAGCAGAUCUUUCUCUCGUUCAAGACGAUCAAGCGUCUCAGGUACCCCGUCAGCCUCACCCAAAUCACAGACUUCACUGAUCUUUUCCCGGACCGCGGACCUGACAUUGGGCUGGAUGCAACGAAGCUCAGAGCCACUCUGGCAUCGACGGUCAAUACUGUGGUUCAGCCAAGACUCUGGUCCUCAGGCAAUGGCACAGUCUCCCUUGAUGAUAAGAGCUACCAGACUUAUUCGGAAUUGCAGACAAAAUCCCAAAACACCCUCGCCAAUAUAUCCACUAUAACUGAUCCAUUCUGGGCCGAGCUCCCCACCAGUACCAACACUGGUUUACUACGACAGUUCGCUCCUCGCAUCAACUCGACCGCCAUAUGGGAGAACAAUUCAGCUGCCAUACUUCCCGAAGACUGCAACUCAUUGUCUGACGCCUUCUAUCUCCACUACGAAUAUGGACAGGAAGAUGACGCUCCAUUUCAAUACAGCGUUGAGAUAUGUAUGCCGGGAAACAUGUCAGAAUCGCCGUGGAAAAACCAAUUGUCUCGACAAGAUUUAAGCGAAGAGUUGUAUUUCAAGAUGAACUUUUUGGGAGGCGGGGGGAUGCUUGAUUACGUGCCCAGAGCAGGAACAUACUGGAGGAAGCUGACACUCCACACCACAACGGGCUACUUCGAGCUUCCCAACUACGCGAAUGGCCAAGUCCCUGGGCUGUUCAUCGAAGAAAGUCCGUUUGACAAAAACCCGCGAAAUUUAACCCCUCGGGAUCUAGACAACAAUACAGCAUGGACUACGCUCAACGCUACCUUGAAUGUGAUCAAUGCCGGCGAUAAAGGUCCACUUCUUAACAUCGCCAUGGCACUGUUUGGCGAAGGCUCUUUUGCCGAUGUGCAACACACAGUCUUAGCAGCAUAUGCCAACUCUGGCAUCAUCUACGAUGGUUGUAUUGGCAUCAUCCCCUUUAUUCCACUUCUUGACGACCCCCACUCCUCCUUUAAGGUGUCCCCGGGUAACCCCUGUCUAACGGGCAGUGGUACCGGUGAUCGUGAAUAUAACGACGACGUGAUGCAUGCAAUUGUUGCGAACUACUUUUUCCUUUUCUCUGGGGAUCCUACUUAUGGGCCAACUUCGGAACGAGUACAGAACGCCUUUGCCUCAGCGGCGUUUCUAGCCAGCGACAUGUUCAUGACGAAUAACUACCAUGAGCAGAGUAUCAGCAUAUCAUAUGAUAUGGGUGCAGAUGUACAAAUCCCGCACAUCUCCUGUGUAGGAAUUAUCUUCGUCACAGUAUUAUUAGGUCUUGACUUGGCAUGUCUCCUGGCAUUGUCCCUCUAUAGCGCGUGGAUUCCUCGAUGGACUGGGACUCUCGACUCCUUUGCGAUGCUGCGGAUCGGGGCGUGUAUAUCAGAAAAGGUUCCUCUGCUGGCCGCGCGACAUGUUGAGCGCAUUAAAAUUCUUGAUGAGACUCCCGGAUGGAUGGGGAACGCAUCCGAUGGCGAGAUAGGGGAACUAUGCUUAGGCGGGGAAGGGCCACUUGAGAAGACGCAGCGUUACCGCAGUUAUGACACCGAUCAUGCGACUCAAGCAAUGGCGACAAGGAAACCCUCGGGGCCGAUCAGACAAGAGGGCUAUUCGGAUUCCUUAGCUCCAGGAGAAAGUGUGUAG